CAUAUCAUUUACAAUUGCUGUUCAUUUAUACUUAUGUGAUUGUAUACUUCUUAUUCAGGAAGAUCCAGAAUCUACUGGAAAGGAUUCAGCCAGAAAUGUCACAUCUGAAAGGGUUCCAUUUUCUUCAAAAUGUGAGGCAGAAACUGUUGAUAAUAAAGAUAAGGAGUUACUUGCACACAUUUCUACUGAUUCUGGCAACCCUAAAUAUAUUCCAACUGAAUGUUCUCCAAUUCCAAAACGUCGCAGACUCAACGCAGAACAUGGCAAUGAAUCUAGCAGAGAUGAUAUCACUGCCACUCAUAAAUCUGAGAUAGACAGCACCACUCAGUUGGUUAAAACAGAGGGAAAGAACAUGGAUGGAGAUAGCAGUGACUCAGAAAGUAGCCACAGUGAUAGGACAGAGUUAAAGGGCAGCUGCACCGAUAACAUUGAUGUGAAUGAUACAGUGAGUGACAGUCAUAAGGAAUAUUGUACCAGGGAAACAACUAAUAUUUCAGAGUGUGAUAUUACCAGUUUUCCACUCUGUGAUAUUAGACAGUGGGGCUAUGAAGUAGACACUGUUCAACUUCAUGCUAAACUAAAAGAAUUGGAUCCAACCAGUGCCCAGAAAAUCCAUCCAAAUGAUCGACGAAAAUUAAUCAGGGCCUUGGAAAUCUAUGACAAACAUGGAAUUCCCAAGAGUGAAAUCCUGAAAGAACAACACAAGCCAGUUGGGUUAGAUGCAAUCAGUGGCCCACUUCGUUAUCCGAAGAGCUGUAUAUUUUGGAUCCAGUGUGAUCAAGAAGUCUUGAAUAAACGUCUUGAUAAAAGAGUUGAUGAUAUGCUUCAGCGAGGUCUUGUCAAUGAGCUGCUAGAUUUCCACAAACAGUACAAUGAAUCCAGGAUAAAAGAAGGCACAGAACUGGAUUAUACUUUGGGUAUAUUCCAAAGCAUUGGUUUCAAAGAAUUCCAUGAAUAUCUCAUCUUGAGUGAGGAAGAAAGAAAUACAAAGAAAGGAGAACAACUUUUUAAUGAAGGUGUUGAAGCUUUAAAAAGAGUGACUCGCAAGUAUGCAAGAAAGCAGGUUCGCUGGUUAAACAACAGGCUUCUAAAACGUUCACCUGAUAAUACUCCACCAGUCUAUGCACUUGAUGCAACAGAUGUUACCCACUGGCAAAACAAAGUUCACAACCCAGCUGUGGAAGUUCUACAAGCUAUGAUGAAGGAUGAAAUACCAGCAAUUCCAACUGCACCCCAUCUAGAAGAGCCUAAGAAUAAACAUGUGUUAAAUGUUUGUGAUAUAUGUGAUGGAAUUAUAUUAGUUACAGAAAAGGAUUUUAAGAUACAUAUGGCAAGCCGCAAACAUAAGAAAAAUUUGGCUAGGAAAAAAGCACUGGAGCUAAAAAAUCAAGAAAUCGAAAAGGAGAAACAAAGGGACGUAAUUCAAGAAGAAACCCAUUGAAUAUCGGCGAUUUCCACAAAAUUUUAACAUAUUUCAAAAAUAUUUUAGAUAAAUUUCUCUACACAAAUCA